UCAAUUUUCACGGUCUUUGCUGCAUAUAUUCGCAAUCAAAUUGUAAGCGAAAACUCGACCGGCGCUUGGCUAGUAUUCCCAGUAAGGAAUCAUGGACUAUGAAUUAGAAAUAAUCGACUCUUUAUCUGCGCUAGCCUACGAAGGUCCCUGUCUUAAAAUAGAGGGACUUGGUAAAGCUUUGGAAGGUGGUCCACGCGAUGAAGUUUUCCGUGAACUUGUGGGCUGGUUGACGGAGGAAUUACAUGUUUUGCGAAAAACCGAUGAGCAUGUGGGAGAGUUACAAGAUCCCAGUGAAUUUGCAAUGGAGUUAUCAGCCAUGUUAAAAGAACUGGGGUGUCCUUAUCAGCGUUUUGUGGCUGGUCCGCUAUCCGAACGCUUUGAAACGCGAGAAGCCUGUGCUCAACUGCUCGAUUACCUUACGACUGAAUUAAUGGCGACGAAGAUGACUUAUAAGCUGCGGCCAGCAAAACAAGCAUUUAUCAUCCCUAAAUCUGAAACAAAUACAGCGCGUUCACUGGAGCAACUGUCGCGCGAUGUUGGUUUGGGUAAACCGCCAGAGAAUGUCUCGCCAAAAGCUUUCUUUGAUAAACUCAAUUUUAAAGUGGAAGAACUACAACGGCAAGCUAAGCCUGGUGUAUUAAGUGAACCCUUAAUGCGUUUACAAAAGCCGCUAUCGGAUGCACAGUGGAAAAAAUUAGAUGCGAUACAUGCUGACCUUGACGCUGAAUAUAAUAUGCGACGCCAGAUGUUGCUGACGCGUCUCGAAGUCACUAUACAAAGCUUUCAAUGGUCGGAAAAGAUGAGAUCACGCGAAAAUGAAAUUGUUAAUAGUUAUCAAAAGAAAAUGCAAGAGCUAGAAACUUUACGUUAUGGUAAAGAAGACACCACCAUAGUGGCACUAUUGGCAGCGCGUGCCGACUUGGCCAUUAUAGAGAAAACAAGUUCCGCACAAGUACGCAAAAAUACUGGUUGCAAAAUACAAAAACAUGUGAUAGGAAGUGUGCCUGAUCGUGGUGGACGUGCGCAUGAACACGCACCACCGCCGCCUGAAAUGCCUUCAUGGCAGCAGCAACGCAGCUCUGGUCCUGGCGGUGGUGGAGGAGGCAACUUUCGCGGUGGCAGAGGUGGUGGCGGAGGAGGUUUUGGUGGUGGAGGCGGUUUCGGUGGCGGCCGAGGUGGAGGCGGCGGUGGCGGUGGUGGUGGUGGUCACUGGCAACAGUAUUCAAACGCACCACAACAGCAACGACAGCCUCAGCCAUUUGAACAACGGCAAUCAAACGAUCAGCAGCCACGCAACCAGAAUUGGGUCAGCGGUAGUGGACGCGUCCAAGGCACCGGCUGGUCACAGUCUGGCAACAACGGUGGUAAUUAUCAGGGAAGUGGUGGACGCGGUGGCGGUGGCGGUGGCGACAACUCCUUUCGUGGACGCUCAAAUUACAAUCGCGGAGGUGGCGGCAAUCGGCGUUAACUUGAACUCGUAAAUCUGAUCGCGAAUAGCCAUUCUGAUAUAACUAUAGUUAUGAAAAUAAAAUACUUCUAAUAAAUUACUAAAAAUUGCAAAUAUAUACAUGCAUAUAUA